AUGUGUGCGUAUUUACUUGGCUUCUGUGGGCCCGCCUACCCGCCUGGGAAUUGGGGAGUGAUCCCGGAGGCCGUGGAGCUACGGAGGAAUUCCGAAUGGUGUUACAAGGAGGCAUCGGACACGGCAACGGUCUUGGGCUGUGAGCGCAGUGGGCGAGAGCGGGCGAGCGCUUCGCCGGAGGCUACGAGCCAAGCUCCAAUAUAUCAGCCGACACUCAGAUACUCCGCGCCUCGGCACAAGCGGCAGGUAAGUGUCCCCCAGGGCGCGGCGGCAACAGAAGCCGGCGUCCAAUUUGCCGGUUGCGGGUCCGUUUCCGAAACGUGGGUCAGGGUGCGUGAGGAGCGCCGCAGCCGCGAGCCAGAACCGACCGCUAAGUGUUACCUGUGU